UCCUUCCAGAUGUUCCUGGAAACGCUGGACCCGUUCCCCGGCAUGGACGACAACGAGGUGACCAACUACCUGUACGCCAAGAGUCUGGAGAUCGAGCCGCGGCCGCCCGCGAAGCCUACGCCUAAGUUUCCGCGAAAGUACCCGGAGCUGUCGGUGAAGCCCGUGAAGAUAUCUCGCCGCUCGCACGACCACCAUCACUCGACGACCAGCAUAUCCAGCAGCGAGGACUCGAUGAGUGUCGCCCAAUUGUCGCCAACGAGUACAUGCACGUGGGACGGCGCCUCGCUCGCCUCGCUGCCGAUACACCACGACGACCGGAGUGAUAGAUCGCUGACGAGCCCCCGGCUGGAGCGCUCCAGCUCCAGCUCGCUGGCGCAGCUCGGCCAGCUCAGCCUGUUCGACAAGCUCGCCUUCUUCGACAAGAGCAAAUCCGUGGCGACACUCAACGCUAACUCCAGGAACAGUAUGUCGGCGAGGGAUGAACCGCCAUCGCCGAGGGACAACCAUUCGCCAAGGCACGACCGUUGCAACAGCACGAGCAGCGUCGGGGCCAUGGGGCCCUUGUCCACGGGGAGCUCGGGGACGGUGGGCCGCUCCAGCCGCGGGGCGUUGUCCCCCCGCCCCGCCAUCGUGGACGCCGAGCUGUUCUAUUCGAGGAGUAUGGACCACCUGGCCUGCAGGCGACAGGAGCAGGUCAGUGGGAGAGAUACAUGUUUGUGUGUAUAUAUCUAUUUAUUUAUAAUGCUUUAUUGUACAAAACAGAAAGUGAAUCUUAUACAGAAUAAUGACUCAAUGAUGUUUCGUACAAAAGGCGUCCUUAUUGCUAGACAGCAAUCUCUGCCAGGCAACCUGGUAGGAAAGGAUGUGUAAGAG